AUUCAGGGUUGCUGUCUGUGACGUCACGGACUAGCUUUUGGCGGCGGAUGCUCCAGUGAACAAUUUGCAGUAACAUGGAUGCCUCAUAGAUAUGUGUUUCGCCUUUUUCUAGCUCCUUCCACGUCGACAAUUCAGAAAUACAUAGCAGGUAUACGGACCGACGUUGUUGAAGACGAAACCCCGCUUGGAAGCUGCCAGACAAGACAAAUGGGGCGCCGAAAGUCCAAGAGAAAGCCUCCCCCGAAGAAAAAAAUGACGGGCAACUUGGACACCCAGUUCACGUGCCCGUUUUGUAACCACGAGAAAUCAUGUGAUGUGAAAAUGGAGAGAACUCGAAACACAGGAAUUAUAUCAUGCAGCGUUUGCUUGGAGGAGUUCCAGACUCCUAUAACAUAUUUGUCGGAGCCAGUGGAUGUUUACAGUGACUGGAUAGAUGCAUGUGAAGCAGCCAAUCAGUGAUCAGCUGAAAACGUGUAAUGCAUCCUUUAUUUUAGAUAAUCGACACAGCAUAUUUUUAAAGUAGGUUUCCUAUUAAUUGAACAUAUUUCCAGUAUUAUACAUUGUUAUUAUUUCCCCAUUGCAGGAUUAUAUUUAGUACCAUACAAUAAUAUGUAUUUUCUUUUGUGCUUUUUAAAGUUUUAGUUUGUGUGCUCUGGCCAGGUAUGCACAGAUAAAAGCAAAUGAAAAGGGAAAAAAACCCAAUUUCUUUUACAAUGUUGUGUAAUUUGUCCAACUCGAUUUUAGACCUGUUUUUAAUAUUACAACAGUGAACCAGAACUGUAUUUUUCAAGUGUUUUUAUUGCACAAAUGUCAUGUUUAAUGAAAGCCGUAUUAGAAAAAUGUUACAAUUUAUUUAACACUAUCGCCAUUCUACUUCACAAAGGUCCGUAAACGCACUGUAAAAUUUGCUUUUUCUUCCACUGAUUUAAUUAAAGGAAUUAAAAA